AUGAAGCUCGUACUUGCAGUCGUGGGCGCUCUGGCCAUUGUCACAGCCCAAAAUACAUCUGAUACGAAGCUCUCGCAACUCGAGCAAGCGACCGUCGACACGAACGGACAGAUCGAGACUGACAGCGUUGGAGUCCUCGUUAACACAUCAGCCUCUCUCCGAGCCGGUCCACGUGGACUCAACCUACUCGAAGAUACCGCGGUACGCAAGAAAAUCAUCCAUUUCGAUCGUGAGCGAGUGCCAGAACGCGUUGUCCACGCACUCGGUACCGGGGCAUACGGACAGUUCGAAAGCUAUGGAGAUUGGUCAAAUCUCACAUCUGCAUGCUGGCUCCACGCAGGUGCCGUGAGUGAGGUCUUCACAAGGUUCUCUGUGGUAGUUGCCAGCGUCGGCGGGAGUCAGAGCAAUCGUGAUACGCAUGGGUUUGCUACGAAGAUAUACAGCGAGUGUGGGAACCAGGAUCUUGUGGGCAAUCAUCUGUCUUCCUUUUUCAUAAACGACGGCGCUCAGUUCCCGGAUCUCAUUCACGCCGUUAAGGCCGAACCAAACACAGGCUUUCCGACUGGCGGUACAGCACAUACCACAGCAUACGAUUUCUUCACGCAGCAUCCAGAGAGCGCGUUUCAGCUGACAAAUGUGCUGAGUGAUCUGGGGAUCCCGCGCGAUGUCCGACAUAUCCAAGGCAAUGGUGUUCACACAUUCCGGUUCAUCACAUCGACAGGUCAAAGCACUCUGGUCAAGUGGUUUUGGCUGCCGGUACUUGGCCUGCGAUCCCUCGUGUACGACGAAGCGCAGAUCCUCGUUGGGAAGAAUGGCAACUUCCCGCGUAUUGACCUCUACAAUAACAUCGAGGCCGGCAACUACCCGGAGUGGGAAUUUGCAGUCCAAAUGUUCCCCGAUGACGGGUCUUACAUGUACCAGGGAUACGACUUGCUCACUCCGACUGUGAUUGUUCCAUUUGAGGUAGUCGAGCCGGUGAAGUUAGGCAAGCUCACUCUGAACAGGAAUUAUCAAAACUUCUUCGCAGAGCCGGAGGCCAUUAGUUUUGCUCCGUCGAAUGUGGUUGAUGGCUUCACUUUCGUGCCGGAUCCUCUGUUGCAGUGGCGGUUGAUGUCAUAUGAUGACACGAGCACUCAUCGGCACAACUCUCCGAACGGGUAUCUCUUGCCUAUCAAUAAGCCGAUUGUUCCGAUCAACAACAAUUAUCGCAAUGGAUACAUGCAGCCACAAAUCUUCGUCGGUCAGUCGGACUCGACACCGAACUCGAUCGGCGGUGUCGUUGCUGCGUCUCCGAAUGCUAGCUACUCCUACGGCAGUCCCUCGGUGGAUGGCAUUGCCGGCCGCUAUCAGCCGUACGUGGACAUUCAAUAUCUGCAAGCGCGACAGUUCUGGAAUUCCAUGGACGUCUACGCGCAGCAGCAUACUGUUGAUGGAUAUGUGUUCGAACUCGGCAAUGUCGCCAACAAAACGGUGGUGCAGACUUUUGUGGACAGCUAUCUAAAUCCGAUCGACAAUUGUCUGGCGCGUCGUGUGGCGUAUGGUAUUGGAGCGACUAUGCCGGCGCUGAGUCCGACCAACGGAAGCGCAACAUAUCCGUCGCUCUACCGGCUGAAUGAGCAGAGCAUGCAGAACAAGAGCAAUGCUGGGCUGACUGUUGCGGUGGUUGCGAAUGAUACGAUGUUCUCUGAGGAGGACCUCAGUGCUAUGAUGCCCCUGCUGGAAGCGCAGCAGGUCAGUCUGGCAAUUGUUGGGCCGAGGAUUGGUAUGUUGGCGACGGGUGUGAAUGCGACGGCAAGCUAUAUAACCGCCAGCAGUGUGUUCUAUGAUGCUGUAUUUGUUGGGUCGUCGAUCAAUGCGACUGGAGUGGGAUUGGCUGGCGAUGCGAUGGAGUUUAUCAAGCAAGCGUACGGGCAUGGGAAGGCAGUCGGCGUGUUCGGCGGCAGUGGCAACCUGACAGAUGCGGUGGGUGUAGUCGGGAUGGCUGGAAAUGAGUUUGUGGGUGGGAUGGGCAGCAGUGCUGCGAAUGGCACGUUGGGAGUCUACAUGGGUGGACCGGGCGAGGUCACUGAACAGGUGCUGGCUGCGUUGAGUGGACCUGUGAGGUUUUUUGGAAGGUUCCAGGUUGACGAUCUUGGUGUUAUUUGUGGAAUGUGA